AUGGCCGACGAAUCGCCCACGGUCAACAGUCGCAGGCACCGUCGCAAUCAGUCGACACCGCAGACGUCCAUCCAGCUACAAGACCUGGGCCCCGCUCAACAUGCUCCCAUAUCCCAGGAACCGCCAUCCCCGUCUGCCCAGCCUUCACAUCGCCGUACCCUGAGCGACCGUGGCCGUAGCUUGUUUCGGCGCAAUAGAGACUCGCUUUUAUCACAUAGCCCCGGUAGAAAUCCACCACCUCCUAAUCCUCGCGCUUACUCGCCCAUCUCCGAGAAUCCUCCCAGUCCACCAGACAUCCAUCGCAAUCUGUCACCUCUUGCCUAUGUAACCUCGCCCACUGGCCAUCGCACACGAGUCGACGACCAUCCCGAUGAGGACGAGCGCACUCCACUGUCUCCACAUGAGGGGAGUAGUUUCCAACAGGCUAUGGGCUUCGCUGGCCUUAGUAUAGGUGCUCCUGCUCGUCCUUCGUUGCACUCAGGUCACGGUCGCUUAGGCAGCGAGCUCAGUCUUCGCACUGUAGAUGCCUCGCCUUACGAUGAAGAGCCUGAUGAUCCAACGGGCUUCUUCCCUCAUGACGAGGAUAUGGACACUGUGCCCUUAACAGACAUGAGUCGCCUUGACGCUCACUCGCCACAUCGUAAUGAUCGUGGCAGCUUCCAGAGUAUCCGAUUCCUGUCGCCAUCAGUUUCGCAUUCCAACAAUCCAGAUGUCGAAUCAGGAAAUCUGACUCCUUCCGGUCGUUGGAGUCGUUCGCCUGAUGGUCACAGUCGCUCGCCUGCCGACAGCCGUCGUUCAUUGUCGCCAAUGGGAGAUUCUCCGUUUCAAAGAGCGGGAGAUAUGAUGCGCAAGAUGUCGAUGCGUGUUGUCAACUUGAGCAACGAGCCCGAAGUCGCUGAGCGUAUGAUCAGGCGCAAGUCGUCUGUAAAUCAUUCUUCGCGUAUGUCUGAAGCUCCUGGCUUUGCUAACAACGGUGUACCUCACUCUCCCGUCAGUGAGAAGAUGCCUUCACCUAUGCUCCGUCCAGCCGACAAGCUCGAUUCUCGUGCUCCAGAUCUGAACCCAUUCCGUGGCAAGUCGUUAGGCAUCUUUCCGCCAGACAGCAGGUUGCGUCUUUGUUUGGCCGACUUCCUGCUUCAUCCCAUUACUGAGCCCUUCAUCCUUGUGCUCAUCGUCUUUCAAACAAUUUUACUUGCUGUCGAAGCUCGCAACAACGUAAACAAUGACCCGCGCUCUCAACGAUUUGGAACUACCUGGAUUGACAUUGCUUUGCUUGCAUUGUUCAUCAUCUACACUAUCGAGAUCAUGAUUCGAGUCAUCGUAUCUGGCUUCAUUGUCAACCCUGUUGAAUACAGUACAAUUGACCGCAAGGUCGGACUCCGCACAGCUGUCAUGAGAAAGGCCAACGACAUGUUUGCUCUGCAUCGAAAACCCUCGGUCAGGAAUCUAAAUCCUCUCCCACCAGCAACAGCAGGCCCCCAACCUGGUAUUCUGCGCAGCUUUACCACAAACACUAUGAUGGAAGUGCCAGGUGGUUCAAGACAAGCUCAGUUACAACGACUAGCAUUCCGAGCAUUUUUGCGUCACUCUUUCAAUCGACUUGAUUUCCUCGCGGUAUGCGCUUUUUGGAUAAGCUUCGUCAUUGGCAUCUUCGGUGUUGAAUCUCAAAAGCACGUCUUUGUCUUCCGCAUGCUAAGUUGUCUUCGAAUUGUACGUCUCUUAGGUAUUACCAGUGGUACCUUGGUUAUCUUGCGAAGUCUCAAAAAGGCUGCUCCGACUCUGCUCAAUGUCGCCUUUUUAACUGGCUUCUUCUGGCUGUUAUUUGCGAUCAUCGGAGUCCAAAGCUUCAAGUCCAGUCUUCGGCGCACAUGCGUGUGGACCAAUCCUGCCAAUACUUCAGAAACUUAUACACAAUCGAUGCAGUUUUGUGGCGGAUACCUCUUGCCUAAUGGUUCUGCAAGACCUUGGAUACAUCAAGACGGAUCGCCUGGUGCAGAUGAUGCUAAAGGAUUCUUCUGCCCCAUCAAUUCUGUCUGCACCGAGGGCGAGAAUCCCUACAAUGGGACCGUCAGUUUUGACAACAUAUUCCAGUCACUCGAGAUGGUGUUUGUCGUCAUGUCCUCAAACACUUUCUCGGAUCUACUCUACUACCUUGCCGAUAGUGACUAUCUUUCCGCUGGUAUAUUCUUUGCUGCCGGAAUUAUUGUCUUCCCACUUUGGCUGGUCAACUUGUUGAUUGCCGUCAUUACAUCUUCAUUCCAGGUCAUCAGAGACGAGAGCAAAGCCAGUGCCUUCACCGCGCAAGAGCAGGUCAAGCAUCUCGACGCGGGAGAGGACAGUGGUGACUUCAAGCAGAAGACGAGCACGCUGAAACAGUUCGUCAAUAGCACACGAUGGAUUUGGAUUGGCGUCAUCACAUACGGCUUAAUCGUACAAUGCCUGCGUAGUGCAUAUAUGAGCCCGGAUCGGGCAGCUUUCUUGAGCUCUUCUGAGUUGGGCGUUACAAUUGCCCUGGACUUCGAGAUCAUCCUCAGAUUCAUGGCAGAUUGGCGCCGAUUCCAUAAAAGCAAGCGCAAUCUCGUUGAUCUUGCACUGGCUAUAAUCACCACAGUCAUACAGAUUCCGAUAAUCAAACACUCCGGGCAGCCAUAUGCGUGGUUGACGUUCUUCCAGAUCAUCAGAAUCUACCGCGUCGUUCUCGCAGUCGAGAUUACCCGUACGCUUAUUCUCACCGUGUUGGGCGAUUUCUCAGGUUUGACUAAUUUGAUCAUGUUUGUGAUGUUGCUGUGCUUCCUUGCGGCCAUAUUCGCUACCCAGAUCUUCCGUGGACAGAUUCCUGAAGACAACGAUGAAGGCGAAGCUAUUCGCGUUCCGUUUUUUGACAUAUACAACGCCUUCCUGGGUAUGUAUCAGAUAUUCUCAAGUGAGAAUUGGACAGAUAUUAUGUACGACGUUACUUCGUAUAAUGUUUUGUACAACAACGGUUGGAUUGGUGCGGCAUUCUGUAUCAUGUGGUUCAUCCUAGCAAACUUCAUUGUCUUGAAUAUGUUUAUUGCUGUCAUCCAGGAAAACUUCGAUGUCUCCGAAGAUGAAAAGCGCUUACAGCAAGUCAAGGCAUUUCUUGCCAAGCGACAAGUCAACGCCUCGUCCGGUAGUCAGGGUUCGUUGUCAUUGUCAACAAUCUUCAAGCUCGGCCAAGUCCGUCGACAAGACCCACUCGACUACGGAUCGGCACAAACGGAAAUGCUUCUCAAGGAUGCAGUGGUUCGAGACUUCCUUGAUGAUCACGGUGUUGAUCCCGAUGCAAGUCUUCCCAGUACAUCUGAAGGCAUAUCAAACGACAGUCCACCUGUGAAGUCAGGCACUUUGUCUCAACGAUGGGAAAAGCUGCUCAAUCGCCUCUUCAAUCGCGAGCCCAAUCCAUUCUAUUCCAAUGUAGAGCUUCAGAAGGCUCACGAGGAAGUGGAUACUCGUCGCAUGGUCAAAGAGGUUGUGGCAGCCAAUGAGAGAGUAAAGAGAGCUCAGCGCGACUACUUGAGAAAGUACCCGAACUACAAUGUCUCGCUCUUCAUCUUCAGGAUCAACAAUCCUGCUAGAAGGUUGUGCCAGAGGAUUGUCGGUCCAGGUCGUGGCGGUGACCGCAUAGAAGGUGUCGCACCCUACAGACCUAUUUGGUAUGGCUUCUCGGCGUUCAUCUACGCGGCCAUUGUGGCCAUGGUGCUCUUGGCCUGUGUCACGACGCCUCUGUAUCAGAAGGAGUAUUUCAAGACACACCACUUUCAAGCGCUGAACUGGUUUGUGUACAGCGAUAUGGGCUUCGCGACUCUGUUCACCAUCGAGUCUGUUAUCCGAGUUAUCGCUGAUGGGUUCUACUGGACGCCUAACGCAUACUAUCGCAGCUCUUGGGGUAUUAUUGAUGGCAUCGUCUUGGUUACAUUGUGGACAGAUAUCUUCACCACAAUCUAUAACCCAGGCGGUGGUUCAAGAGCUGUUGGUGCUUUCAAGGCGUUGAGAGCCCUCAGAUUGCUCAACGUCAGUGACAAUGCUAGAGAUACCUUCCACUCUGUUAUCGUCAUGGGUGGUUGGAAAGUCGUCUCUGCAGCGUUCGUUUCGAUGAGUUUGCUCAUUCCAUUUGCCAUAUACGGUCUGAACCUCUUCAAUGGACGGUUCAUGGAAUGUAAUGAUGGCAACAUUGUUUCAUCCUUGACAGACUGUACUGGCGAAUACUUCAGUUCGCCGUACGAGUGGAACGUGCUUGCACCACGUCAAGUCGCCAACCCAUACUACGAUUUUGAUAACUUCGGAUCUUCGUUGUUCAUCCUCUUCCAGAUCGUCUCACAAGAAGGUUGGAUCGACGUCAUGUGGACUGGCCAAUCUAUCACCGGGAUUUUCACCCAGCCCAGUGCUUUCUCGUCCCAAGGAAACGCUGUGUUCUUCGUUGCUUUCAACUUGCUCGGUGCAGUCUUCGUCUUGACGCUCUUUGUUAGUGUCUUUAUGCGCAACUACACGGAACAGACUGGAGUCGCUUUCUUGACAACUGAGCAGCGAUCGUGGCUCGAGUUGCGGAAACUACUUCGACAGAUAUCACCAUCCAAACGACCCUCAUCUAAGGAGGUGCGGGAGACUUGGAAAGAGUGGUGCUAUCGCCGAGCAGUGACAAAGAACGGCAGAUGGCAGCGUAGCGUUACCGCAGUACUUGUGUUUCACCUGCUGUUACUAUGCCUCGAAUGGUAUCCGGACAACAACCGCUGGGACAGGGCACGAGACUAUAUCUUCCUGGUGCUGACGCUCUUCUACAUCGUCAACAUUGUCAUCCGCAUCAUUGGCCUUUCCUGGACUCGGUUCCGAAAGAGUGCUUGGGACAUGUACUCGAUCUUCUCAGUCUCCGGCACGUUCGUUACACUGGUCUUGCUCCUGACCAACUUCAAGAACAGAGACUACGUCCAAGUACACAAGUUGUUCCUUGUAUCGAUUGCAUUACUCCUGAUUCCUAGAAACAAUCAGCUGGACCAGCUUUUCAAGACUGCGGCCGCUAGUUUCACGUCCAUUGCCAAUCUUGUGGCGACGUGGUUCGUCCUCUUCCUGGUAUUUGCUAUUGCUUUCACACAGACUUUUGGUUUGACCAGGUUCGCCGAGGGUGAAACAGAUAAUCAAAACUUCCGCACUGUGCCCAAAGCUCUAGUCAUGCUGUUCCGGAUGAGUUCUGGAGAGGGCUGGAAUGAGGUGAUGGCGGACUUCGCAUCGGUCACCCCGCCCUAUUGCACGAUCGGAGACCAUUACUACGAUGGUGAUUGUGGUAGCGGCGGGUGGGCUAUGGCCUUAUUCAUUUCCUGGAAUAUCCUCAGCAUGUACGUGUUUAUGAAUCUGUUCAUUUCGCUGAUUUACGAGAGUUUCUCGUACGUCUAUCAACGAAGUAACGGAUUGUCGGUCAUCAGCAGAGAGGAGAUUCGACGAUUCAAGCAAGCUUGGGCAGAGUUUGACCCAAGUGGCUCGGGAUACAUCUCAAAAGAGAAGUUCCCCCGCUUGCUAGGAGAACUCUCUGGUGUCUUCGAGAUGCGUAUCUAUGAUGGCGACUUCACGGUCCGCAAUAUUAUCGCAGACUGCACUUCUCGACCGCACCGCGCCCACCCUCUUGGCUUGGACGGCCCAAAGGAUAGUCCCCAGAUCGACCUCGAAAAGCUCAACGAACGUCUGGCCGAGAUUCCGAUCGAGGAAAUCCGAAGACGCAGGAGACGUAUGAACAUCUUCUACGAGGAAGUACUGGUCUCAGCCGACCCUGAUCGUGGUGUUGAGUUCAAUUCACUCCUAAUGAUUCUGGCCCAUUACAAAGUCAUCAACGAUAACAAGAGUCUGCGAUUGGAAGAAUUCUUGCGUCGCCGCGCUCGUUUGCAGCGUGUUGAGGAGGCUGUACGCCGUAACGUUGUCGUAGGUUUCUUUGAUACUCUGUACUGGGCACGUCGCUUUAGAAAGUCACUGGAAGCCAAAAAGAGCGCACGCAUGACUGUGGUACCUCAAUUGGACGUUCCCGAGAUCUACAUUCAGGACGACGGCGAGGAUGCUGCGAACACUGGUCAUAGGACUCCCUCGGCUCCAUCUACGCCUAUCGAUCAUCAAACUCCCAGCUGGCUUGGUGAUAGUGACUUCGGCACUCCAACGUUUACUGUCGACCCCUCGGCAUCUCGACCUAAUAUUGAUCGCAGCAACUCCAUCCAAGUUUCACCGUUAGCCUCGCCAACAACACGUCCACGGACAUACUCGAACGUAUCGCCGUCUGAUAUUCCCGAAGACUGGCAUUUCGCGGAAGCACUGAUUGAGGGCUACAACCGGUCUAGAUCACCGUCACCGUCACCUCAACAUCUCGACCCCGAUGCUACAUCAGAUGCCUACGGUGUUCGUUCGCGUGCCGCUAGCUCGGUCAAUCAACAGAGCGUCCUCGACGUCCUGGACACCUCGGCAUGGGGCGAGAGUAUCAGGCGUAGCUUCACAACUCGUGGGUCGACUGUUGGACCACACUCUGCUUCGCGGGACGCAAGCGCUGAGCCUAUGCCACAUAUUCCUGAUACACGACCUUCGACUUCGUCGCACGCAGACAGGCAUGAUCAUGAGCACACACAUGAUCGAUAG